CGAUGAGGUUUAUCUGCGCAGGACUUUCAAAAACAGGGACGAAAUCCCUGGUCGCGGCCUUGCGGUAUCUGGGCUACACGGUGUAUGACAUUGAAGAGAACUGGAGGUACCACAUGGAUGAGUGGAUCAAGGCUUUCCAAGGCACCAACCCAGAUUUCACCGCUAUGUACGCUAGCGUGGACACGGCAAUUGAUUUGCCGCCAUAUUUGUUCGUAAGGGACAUCCUCGUGGCACUCCCGGAACUCAAGGUCAUCCUCACCGUUCGGGAAAACGCAGAGGAGUGGCUUACAAGCUUAACACGGUCGCUAGACAUCUGGUGGUCAGUUUAUAACCAGCGCUGGCUUAAACUCGCGCGUGUUCUCACUCCUACUGGUCGCAAAUGGGCGACGUUGAUCAGACACCAGACCGCAGCUCUGAACACUUUAGACUACACUCGACAUAUCGAAGAGGUCAAGGCGAUAGUGCCAGCUGAUAGGUUACUGGUGUUUAAUGUGAAGGAGGGAUGGGAACCCCUGUGUGCGUUCCUCGGCCAUGAAGCUCCAUCCAUACCAUUCCCACACCGUAACAAAAAAAGCGAAUUUAUACCAGACAUGAUCAACAAGUCAUCCAUAGUGGCUCGUAUGCGAAUGGAACUCACGAUCAUUCUUAGUUGUUUCGUGCUUAUUAUUGGGAUUUGCUUGAUACUUCUGUUUUAGAUUUGGUCGAUGAUUGUGCUUCGCAGUCUACCGUAUUUUAUUGUUUUUACUUCUACUAUAUCAACAAGAAUUGUGGGCAAGGGGUAAUGCCAACCUUCCCCCUCCCCUACCCGCCCAGCAUUUUGCUGGUUUGAAACAACACCACCACCAACAACAAAAAUUCACACGCAGCGAUACUCGAGUGUUUCGGGAAAAAAAUGCCGCCCUCUGACAACUUGUUGCUUCGUUUUGUUUUGCGAGGCUGAGGCAGACUCUCUUGCACAUCUUUUCUGUUAUUGUUAAUAUAUGUGGAUCUUUUUCUGGCUUGAAGUCGCGUCAUAAAAAAUGGAAAAAAAAGUGCAACUCCUUAUGCAUUUUGUGAUUUUUCUUUAGCAGAUCCGAAUAUUCGUUUUGAUUUUUUAGGAACUAAUGAUAAAAAAAUUUUCAAUUUUGAUAGCAAAUCAAGCUAUAGUAAACACAAAAAAGUGUGAAAAAGCCUGUCUAUAAUUCUUGUGUAAAUCUGUUCUUGUAAAAUUUAACUUUGAUCGAAAAAAAUGUUCAAUAAAAUGUACCUAUGAA